GAGGAGGUUGAUCCGAUGGUCCGAGUGUGUGCGUGAUAGAAGAUCUGGCGUUGUUCUGUCGUGCGUCCUCAGAUGAAAAGCAAAUCCCACCAAAAGCGCAACUUUUGUGUUGCAUCAUAAGCAAAACAAAAUCGUCCGAUAAACCCGGGUGCUUUAAAGAGCUUCUACACUGUUUCACUAAAGUUUGUUUCUUGUGAUCGCGUGCAUCUGACGCUGGAAGUUUAGCUGGUGAGAAAGUCAGGAUGUCAGAUAUCUCUGUAAAUGAUCAUCUGGAGGGGAUAUUGUCUGAUUUUGAGGCUCUAAAGAGGUCCUUUGAUAUUGAUGAUGAGAUCCCUACAUACUCCCCUACAUCUUCUGUCACAUCUACCAUGACCCCAAGUGCAAUCCUAAACAAAGCAAAUGAUGUGAGGAAUCCAGGGAACCAGGUAUCUUCUCCUUAUCGCUCCAGGAUUAGUAUCAACUGCAGUCCUGCCCAGAGCCCUGUUUUGAGAAGCAGGAUGGUCUCCAGCCUGUCCUUCAAUCGAGGGACAAUGGGAAAGCCCACCAUCAAUGCCAACUCUGGUAUCAACAGAGCUGCUUCUUUCCAGAACAAAUUCAACCCUAAUGGUUUCAAUUCAUCUAAAGGCCCAGGGAGUGACAAUGACAGUCUCCAUAGCUCUUCUUCCAGUCUGGAGUACCAGGCCUCAUCCAAAAUGUGCUCCUACACCAGCCCUCCCCAGAGUCCUGUUGGGGUUGGGGAAUACAAGGCUCAACGCUUGGGUAGCCCAGCCCUGAAGAAGUUCUCCUCCCAUGGGAAUGUCUUCCACUCGGAGCUUGAGGGGCCUUUGGUUAUUCCAACUGAACCCAUGGGUAUUAGUCAUGGCUCCAUGCCUUCUCUGGAUCUCCAGAUGGCAGAAAACUCAGGAAUGAGACGAAUGAUUUCCCCUCUGUCAAGAUUCACCAAUGCUGGCACACAGUGGAACACAAGUCCUCAUAACAUCCAGAACAGCAGUCUCUACGCAAAAGAAUCCCCUCUCAACCACCAGUCUUCUAAAUCUAAAGAACCAGUGCGUCUCCACAAAUUCCCUCUUGACCUUGACAACCUGGUCUUCAAGUCUCAGACAGAAUCCACAUCAGUGCCUAAACCACCACCAAGAUUCCACACGUUAUCCACCAGCCCCACUGUGUCGGCUAGUUCCUCAGCAUCCAUCAGCAGCUUGGACAGCACCGACCUAGCCAUGACCCACAACAACAACAACAACAUCAUUAUUGACAAGAAGGAGCCCAUCACUCCUCCUGGAGCUAUCCCAGUUCCCAACAUAAGUGAAUCUCCCGUCCUGCUUUCUCCAGCUCAGACCCCUCAAUUCAACAUAGCCUCUAAACCACAAGUGGUCCAUGUGGCCCCUGCUCCCACAUUUCCAGGACAAAUUGGUACCAACCCUGGGAUAGAUCAGGAUGAUAUCCAUGCCAAAGAAAGUGUGGGUUCCAUAUUGCAGAGAAUUGCCUCUUUCUCCAAAGUGGAGACUCCAGUGCCCAACGCACGUCCUGUCAUCCCAUUGAGUAAUGGUGUUAAUAAAGUCUCACCAUCAGUAGUGCCCAAGGAGCUUAAGAGAUCAGAAGACACGGCACAGGAUCAGGUCUUGGAUCUGGAACCAUCCGUCCAGAUGGAGGAGGAGAUGGAGGUCAUUGAGGAGACAGAGGUGGAGGAGAGGAGAGUGGAGAUCGAACAUCCUCUGCCAUGCCUCAGUGGAUCUGACACACAAGGCAUCAUCAAAGGCAAGGAUCUGUUCGGAUAUGUCGGCAUCGAGGCGGUUCUGGACCAGAUGAGACGCAAAACCAUGAAGGCUGCUUUUGAAUUUAAUAUCAUGGUUGUUGGUCAGAGCGGGUUGGGAAAGUCAACGCUUGUCAACACGCUCUUCAAGUCCAAGGUCAGCAGGAAGUCCUGCACUCCCAACUACGAGGAGAAGAUCUCCAAAACUGUCCACCUGCAGGCAGUCAGCCACAUCAUUGAGGAGAAAGGAGUAAAGAUGAAACUCACUGUGAUUGACACACCUGGAUUCGGAGACCAAAUCAACAAUGAGAACUGCUGGGAGCCUAUUGAACAGUAUGUGAAUGAACAGUAUGAGAAAUACCUGAAGGAAGAACUGAAUGUCAACAGGAAGAAAAGAAUCCCGGACAGUCGUGUCCACUGCUGCGUCUACUUCCUGCCAGCCACUGGACACUGGUUACGCCCCAUAGAUGUGGAGUUCAUGAGGAGACUUGGGAAGAUAGUAAGCAUCGUCCCUGUGAUCGCCAAAGCAGACACGCUAACUCUCGAGGAACGGCUAGAGUUUAAACAAAGGAUAAGACAAGAUCUCCAGGCCAAUGGGAUCGGAGUGUAUCCGCAGAGAGAAUAUGAUGAGGAUGCUGAAGAUCGAAUACUCAACGAUAAGAUUAGGGAAAACAUCCCAUUUGCUGUUGUGGGAACCGACAAGGAACAUCAGGUGAACGGAAACAAGGUUUUGGGAAGAAAAACGAAGUGGGGGAUCAUUGAAGUUGAAAAUGUUGCCCAUUGCGAGUUUGCACACCUGAGAGAUCUUCUUAUUAGGUCCCAUCUGCAAGAUCUGAAGGAUGUCGCUCACAACAUCCACUAUGAGACCUACAGAGUAAAAAGACUCAAUGAAAGCAAUGCAAACGGAUUGACCCUUUCACCUUUGACCUUGGAGAACGGUACCCUAGAGAAGAACGAUGCAGAAAGUCAGCUCUGAAAGGGACGGUGACCGCCGCGCACCAUUUUCACACGUGACGCUGUCUGUCCUGCCCCCGUCGCAAUGGGAGAGAUGAACAUUCCACUUUUAGAUAGCCGUUAAUGGGAAAUCUACACGUUUGACUAAAGACACUUUUAUUUUUGAGAAGAAUCUAUAUUUUGGGAAGGGAUCAGGGUUACGGGCCUGAGAAAGAAUAGUUGAUGAUGUGUUAUUGAACCAAGAAAUUUUUUCCCUCUUUAUAUUUUUUCUAUUUUGAUAUCUUUCACACAUGUCGUGUUCUUUGCCUCACGUUGGGCCGAAUGAAUGGCACAGCGCUUUGGCAUAUUGGAUAACGUGUGUGCGCCUACAUGCCCAGCUGGAAGAGAGAAAUCCCAUAAUCCCUAUCUGCACAUGUACACUGAACCAGCAAUGUGACGUACCUUUUGCUCUUUUAUUUUCAGAAGUAAUUGUUCUAGAUUUUUUACAGCAAAAAAAUCUUUUUUUUAAAUAAGAGAAAAAAAACUUUAGACAAAUAUUUUUGUUACCAUAGCUGCUUAGUAGCCGAAGGUAUUUUCUUAACAGAUAAGAGUCUAAUUACUGCUAUUCAAGAAGAACUGCUGUGAUAAAACCCAAUGUGUUUCUAUAAUGGGAAAUAUUUCAAAUAUAACCUUUGACCUGUGGAUGGCUGGUGUCAGAUAUACUACUAUUGAUAUAGUAUUUUCUAAUAGAGACAAAGAAAAAGCUGUCCAUUUGAACAUACAGUAACAGGUCAAGUUUACAGUUAUGCGUUUUUACUUACUAGUUAACUUAGCUCUUUUUAAGGUACAUCAUGUUUACUUUCCCAUCAAGAGUCUAUCGUACCAUUUGCUUAUUGAAGCUACUGUACAUAACCAUAUUUUUAUUUCCUACAACAUCAUCAUGUUUUUACUCAACAUGUAUUAACAGCUUCAUCAUGGUUUCCUUGUUAUCAAUAUUAAUAUUUGUGUAAACACCAUUGAUUUAUGAUUAAAAAAAUACCACCGUUCAAAAUGUA